ACUGCUGCAGGUAGCAGCGACGCAAAAAUUGGGUUUCAAGCAGUCUAGCAAUGCUACAUAUUUUCCAAUAUAACUGGUCUAUUCUAAUUGUCAAAAAAAAAAAUACAUAAAUUGCGCUUGUUAUUAAGUGAGAGUGCCUAAAAGGUAAUUAAUCACACAAAAUUUGUCUACAAAAACAAAAAACUAAUUAAAAACAAAUACUUGCUGCUUUCUAAUUCCACCAAAAUAUACUUUUGUGCCUUUGUUCGUUUCAAAUGAAUUUCACUCGCAUUAUUUGCUAAGCAAGUGUUUAACAAAUACUAUACUAAAUCUACGCAACAGCUAAUCCUUGGCAUUGUUUUUAAGUAUUCAAUCCAAGCAAGCACCUGCAUCGGACGUUUAUUCCAGCAAAAAUAUUGCCACAAAAAAGUGCUUGUACUAUUUACUUUGUAGUUACUAAGUUUUCAAGCCAGUUAUCGACCGAAUGCAUUUUAAAUAAAAAAAUAAAAAAUAAAAAAUCAAACUAACAUCCUUUCGUAUGUGUAAGCAUUGCGUGCUUUAAUUUAAUUCGAUAUAGGAACUGUCAAUUAUGGGCAAUUCAAGCUCACUCUGUGCUGAUAGGAAUGCGGUCAGAAGCAGCCUCGGUGGAAAUGGUUCGCCGCUAUACCCAACUGCCAACAAUUCAUAUAACCCUUCCAAUGGCCAGGUAACACCGUACGACCACUGCAACCAGCAGCGACAACAACUACCGCAAUAUUACAAAACCACGAUUCCAGUGAAUGAACAUUGCCAACACCAACAACUGCAACAGCAGCAAAUCGCCGCCGCCACGGCCAACAGCUGUCACUUUGAUGGAGGUAAUGAUGGUAGUGGCGCUGGUGCUGGUGCUUGUGCUGGUGCCGGCGGCGGUGGAGCUUUCGCGCAAUCAGCUGUUGGUGGCGCUCAGCUGACUACUACUACUACCAGCAACAACAUCCAUGCCUCCAUUGGUGACGCAAUGAAUGUCAAGCACUGUGCAAUCGGAAUCCCCAUGUCAGCUCAGUAUUGUUGCCACGCCACCGACAAUCCAAACACUCACAGCUCCACGCGAGCACGGCAUGCUCACGAAAAUAUGAGUAGUAGUCAAGUGAGCAAUAAUCAUACGACUACACUAACAACAACGACAACAACUGUCGAAUACGAGUUGUCAAAUGGCAUAGCAAAAUUGAGUAAAAUCAGUACGAGUCGAGUCGCCGCCGAACAGUCAUCGUUGUCGUCUCAAUUGUCACAGAGUCAGCUAAAAUUUGCAGUUGAAAAGGAAAAAGAAGUCAAUAAUUUGACGGUAAAUACCAGCGAACAGGAUCAAUAUCUAUUGCCACCACUAUUAUCCACUAAGGCGUUAAAGGAAUUAAGUUCCAACAUAGACGUUUUGAAUAGCUACAAUCAAAGCAAUAAGCAUUUAUUAACCAGUUUACAAAAGCAACAGCUAAGAAAUUACAGCAAAAUGAGUGAUAUUUCGGAAAGAACACCAAAUGUGGUAUUAGCCGACGAUGCGGAAGUGCCCGGAGAAGUGAGUGGACUGGAACGCCUGCGUAACAAAAAAUACAGCAAGGGCCUAUCAUUUACCGUUGAAGAACGCCAAAUACUGGGCAUUCAAGGCCUAUUACCCGCUGUAGUUAAAACCGAGGAUGAACAAGUACAACACGCACUCAUCUUGCUCGAACGCCUCGAAAAUGAUUUGGACAAAUAUAUAUAUCUCUCCGGCUUGGCCGAACGCAAUGAGCGUCUGUUCUAUAAAGUGCUGGGCACUGAUAUUGCCAAAAUGAUGCCACUGGUGUAUACGCCCACUGUGGGCUUGGCUUGCCAAAAGUUCAGCUUGAUUUUCCAAUAUCCAAAGGGUCUCUACAUCACCAUCAAAGAUAAAGGACACGUCUAUGAUGUGCUCAAGAAUUGGCCCGAAAAAGAUAUCCGCGCCAUUGUCGUCACAGACGGUGAGCGUAUUUUGGGUCUUGGAGAUUUAGGCGCCAACGGUAUGGGCAUCCCGGUUGGAAAGCUAUCUCUGUAUACCGCUUUAGCUGGUGUAAAACCACAUCAAUGCCUGCCCAUUACUUUGGAUGUCGGCACCAAUACACAAAGCAUCUUGGAUGAUCCCUUGUACAUUGGACUGCGCCAGAAGCGUAUAACUGGACAAGAAUAUGAUGCCUUCGUUGAAGAGUUCAUGCAGGCCGUUGUACGUCGUUAUGGCCGCAAAUGUCUCAUUCAGUUCGAAGAUUUCGGUAACAGUAAUGCAUUCCGCCUUUUGGAAAAGUAUCGCGAUAAUUAUUGCACAUUCAACGAUGAUAUUCAAGGCACUGCCUCAGUUGCGGUGGCUGGUGUUUUCGCCUCUUUGAGACUGACCAAUACCUCGAUUAAGGAAAAUAAAAUUUUAUUCUUCGGCGCUGGAGAAGCCGCUUUGGGUAUUGCUAAUCUUUGUAAAAUCGCCAUGAUACGAACGGGGCUGUCCGAAGAGGAAGCGGUGGAACGCAUUUGGUUAGUUGAUAGCCGUGGCUUGGUUGUAAAAAAUCGUCCAAGCGGUGGUUUGACUGAACACAAAUUACACUUUGCUCACCAACAUGCACCUAUCGACAAUCUUUUGGAUGCCGUUAAAGCUGUCAAACCGACAAUGUUGAUCGGUGCUGCAGCUCAGGGAGGUGCUUUCACACCAGAAAUUCUUAGCUUAAUGGCCGAAUUAAAUGAAAAACCUGUCGUAUUUGCUUUAUCCAAUCCCACCAGCAAAGCUGAGUGCACAGCCGAACAGGCGUAUCAAAACACAGAUGGCAGAGUUAUUUUCGCAUCCGGCUCACCUUUCGCACCUGUUACGUAUAAAGGCAAAACCUACCAUCCAGGUCAAGGCAACAAUUCGUAUAUUUUCCCUGGCAUAGGCUUAGGUGUUAUUGCCGCCAGCAUCAAAACCAUUCCCGAAGAGAUAUUCCUAAUGGCCGCACAGAAAUUGGCCAGCUUAGUGCAAGACGAAGAUCUGGCAAUAGGUAGCCUUUAUCCACCACUGGAAAAAAUCACUCAAUGCUCAAUUGAAAUUGCUGUUGUGAUUGUCGAAUACGCCUACAAAGAGGGAUUGGCCACUGUAUAUCCAGAGCCGGAGAAUAUUAGUGAAUUUAUUAAGUCUCAGAUGUACAAAGUAGACUAUACCCCCGCUGUUCCCGAAGUCUACUCGUGGUGUAAUAAAUUGUAAAUAUAAAUAUUUCGAAGCAAAAUGUUCCGCAAAAGAAGUGAACAACUGUGAACUGAACACGGCGAAAAGAGUAGUGUAUUGUACGCCCAAAUUACUGUAUAGCAUCGUAUCCAUGAAAAUAUUUUCAAAAUCUUAAUGUGUAUAUUAACACCUAAUCAUAAACAUAAAAUAAAAACACAUAAAUUCAAAAUAUAA